AUGGGCCACGGCAAAGAGGGUACUAAAGAGGGUGCCGGUGCCGCCGGCUCCAGUGGGAUUGAAAAGCAAGUUAUCGACAAGGGAAACACCCUCAAGGACGAGAUCAGCCAAGGAAACUUCACUGGCGCGAAAGAGACCAUUGAGAAGGGAAAUUCCACCAAGGAAAACACCGAAGAGUCUGGCUACCGCAUGUCCAGCAGCGGAGGGAUCGCUCAGGAUGAUAUCCGGAAGGGCCUACUACGUGGAUCAAGUGUCGACCAAAGAGAUAUUGGUCAAGCAGCGCUUGGUGGAGCAGGAAGCAGCAGCAGGGGAGGUCUCAGCGAGUCCAAAGUCAGCAAAAGUAAUGUUGGCGGCGGAGGUUCCAGCGAGAAUCCUCUCAACCAAGAACUGCAUGACCAGGAAAAUAUCAGCUCGGAUGUUUUCAGCGAUGGAGGUGCUAUGUCAAAUCCUUCCAAGAAAGAUACCAUUAAAGGCCUUGCUGCUGGACAGAGCGGCGCCAACCAACAAAGCACCGGACAACAGGCACCCAAAGCCGCCAAUGCAACCGGUAUGAAUCAAGGCGCCCUCGCCGCAGCCCAGACAAGCAAAGGCGCUUCCAAAAAAGGCGCCCUUGGUCAACGAGGUGUUGCUAGCGGUGGAAUUCGACAGGAGGUCAGUCAUGGAGACUUGAGCAAAGCUGGCCUUGGCCGUGGAGGUGCCCAGACCACAGCCACGAGCAAUACGACCACCACACCUCUCGUGAGCAACCCGAGUGCUAGCAGACGCAGCGUAAAUGUUCUGCAAGAAAAGGUUCAGGCUGUUUCCCAGAAGUGCAAGGCCCAGCUAGGUCUUUCUGCCGGCGAGAUUAGCCAGCGCAGCCCCACGGUCGACGCCUUCUUUGACGCGGUUGCAGCUGAGCGGCUGCGCUGGAUGCCUCGUGAUGGAAGCAGACUCGACUGCAGUCUCAGAUGGGCUUCUCGAUUGGCGUAUGCGGUUGACGCCCUCCGUGAGACCGUAGGGGCUUUUGCGCCUGGGGCCAACGAGGCGGCCACGCUCAUCUGGGGAUUCUCUAUUCUCCUUCUGGAGUCUGAUAUCGACAAUACGGAUCUCUUUGAGGGCGUUUUCGGUCGAUAUGGCCGCGUGGCAGUUGGAAUCUAUUUGCUUCUCCAGUACGAGAGCGCCUUCAAAUCCUCUCCUGAUCUCCAACCCGAGGUCACUGCGGUGUACGCCGACGUCCUGGAGAUGGUUUGCAACACAACUACUAGCUGUAUUGAGGGAUUCAAGAGCAAAGAGUCUGACCAGAUCAUCGGGCGCAACGUCGACGCGGCUUUUGUGACCUAUGCUCGACGCUACUCGACGCAUUGGAGCUGCAUCGUCGAGUCUGCUACUUCGAACCUGGUUCAACAAAGCUCGCUGAUCUACUCGAGUCCUGAACUGGGCAGCCUUCGGCAAUUCUUGGGAGUUCAGGACCGCCCCCUUCAGUUCAUUCUCGAAUCCCGCACCCACUCGCUUGCUGAGGGCUCUUUUGAGUGGUUUAACAACACUCUGUACGAGUUUACCGUGGGCAGGUCGCCUGUGAUGCUGGUAUCCGGCGGCCCCGGAUCAGGGAAGAGCGCUCUGGCACAGUGGACUGUGGAGCGGCUGCAGGAGUCGGCUGAGCAUGAUAGCUGGAAUGUGAUUCCGUACACCAUCAGAGCCGACAUUCCCGUUGCAACCUUGCCGCUGCGUAUACUCAAGGGCAUCUUGCACCAAAUGAUGGAUCACUGUGUCAGUGACACGCGCACCCAGGAAUCAAUUCUGGCCGAGGUUGCCAAGGCAGCUCAAGGUGCACUCGAUGGAGCAGGAGAUGCAGAAGUCGAAGAAUGUCUUUGGAGCGGCAUUCGCGCCGGCUUGGCCUCAAACACUCAGUACAUGUUUGUAGUCGACGGGCUUGACCAGAUCAAGGGCGGCGAGACCGAUGCGAUCAUGGUCCUCGAACGUUUCAGUGAUGUCCUGACCAAGCAAAACGCUGGAUCCAAGAUGAUGGCUUUGACCCGCCCGUUCAGCUCGAAGAUGCGGUUGAACAAUAUCCAGGAGUUCACCAUGCAGUCUUCGCAAACCCGCACCGAUCUGGUGUCCUAUGUGCACAAGAUGCUUGCAUCCGGCUCGCACUUUGACGCUCUCAAGGGCGAUCAGCUCGAAUCGGCCGUGACUGCUAUUGUCAGUCGCUCCCAGGGCUCCUUCAGCUGGGCUGAGAUGGCCGUUGCGUAUGCGCGUCAGCAGAGAACAUUGAGCCAAGUGGCUUCGUCGGUGCAAACCCUGCCGCAAUCAAUGACAGAGCUUUUGGACUUCCAUUUGAAGAAUCUCGAUCUCCAACAGCAUGAAACGCGAUGGAUCAUGUCUUGGCUUGCAGCAUCGGAGAGACCUCUGCUGGUCGAGGAAGUCGAGCAGCUGUUGAAUGUCGACCCUAAGACUCCGAGCUUUGCAUCCCGCAUUUCUGCCGGUGACACUGAGUCAUUCAAUGCCUUGAGCCCACUCGUGACGACUCGGGGUGGCGUGGUUUCGUUCGCCCACACUUGUAUCCGUGACCAUGUCAUCAACAAGGCGAGGUCUGCUGGUGCCAAGUCUCCGCUCAACCUCAAGGAGGCACACUAUGAUCUUCUCAUGAGAUGUCUUGCCUGGGUACAGCUCAGCGUGCGGGAGGAGGCCGACGUGUCCAUGGACAAGCUAGGCAUGGAGGACCGCAACCGCCUUUUCGACAAGUAUGUCAUUUUGGAAUACACCGCACGGUACUGGCUGUCGCAUCUGCUGUCUUCACCUCUGGUGACAGAUGAUGGCGAGUUCCAGUUCAAUAGCAGCUUUAAGAAGCUGCUCCCUGCAACCGUUCUGUUUGCUCGUAUCGAGCUUACUUGCCACGAGUCGCAGUUUACUCGGUCGAGUGUUGUUGAGUUGUACCGACUUGCAACGGACAUCCGCAGACUGAUCCUGGGAGAGAAAUCGAUGGCCCUGCUUCAAAGCCUGCUCCUCAGUGCACGUGUUUCCAAGCUGGGACACGCCAGCCAUGCGGAUGAACACUGCUAUGAGGCAUGGAAACUCAGCCAGGAGCUUCUCGGUCAAUCCGAUGCCAUCACGCUUACUUGUGCGGAGAUGAUGACGCAGUCCUUCACAGAGAGGGGCACGAUGACCGCUCAACAGGAGGACAUCAUGAAGCACUUGGUUCUGACAGACUCCGAGAUUACCGGCGUGGAGUUCAAUCAGCGUCUGAGGUACCUCGGACUGAUGGUCGGCAUGUACAAGUCUCGCGGCGACAGCAACUCCGCUCUGCUCGUCUCGCGGCAGUUCUACCAGCAGAUCAUCCAGAAAUAUGGCACCAACUCGAGGCAGUCCACAGAAACCGCAGAGUUCUUGACGGGCCACUUCUCGACUACGGGCAGCGACGAGAUGAGCAGAGAUAUUGCCAAAACCAAGUAUGAAAAUAUGGUUCGGACCAUGGAAGUCACCGACGAGCGCCGCAUCAAGUACACCUUGUACAUUGCCCAGAUGUAUGAACAACAGGGCGACAAGGCACACGCACAGGCGGUCUUGUCAAGCCUUUGGGCGGGCCUCAAUUCUCGUGACAUUGAUUCCGUCGACAUGAUGGACAAGAAGUCCAAUGUCGCCCUCGUCUACUACCAGUUCCUGCGUCGACAGGGCCGGAGCGACGAGGCUGAGAUCAUCAUCCGAGAGCUGGUGGCAGAUCUCGAGGUUACUGGCAUCCACUCCCCGGAGAUGAUGCAGCGAGUGCAACUGCUCCGCGCGGAGACGCGUGAGAUGCAGCUGUACAGCCUGGAUCGCUCGCUGUCGAUCUUGAUGUGGAACUACUACAAGGAGACCAACCAGGAAUACUCGUCUGAAGCGACGACCCUGGCGCUGUCGCUUGCUGAGAGCAUGGCCAACACUGUUUCCAUCGAGAGUGCCUCUUCGUUGUCCGGCCGAGACCGCAAGCUGCUGGUUGAGCUGUUGGACUCCAUCACAUCGUCGUCGGGCAACAUCUCCGUGUCUACUUUGAUCCUGUGUCAUAGCCUCGCCAGUAUCUACGUCCGCGAAGAGGACUGGGUGGAGGCUGGUGAUUGCUCGAUGGCUGUUUUGCAGCAUGUCUGGCCGGCGGUGCAGCAGCCCAAGUCUCACAAGGUCUUUUCGACGGAUCUGGCGCCACCGGUGGCCGAUCUCGCUUUGGUUCUGGCCUAUUGUCAUUUCCGCCGGCUGCACCUAGAACAGGCCACAAUUGUGUAUGAGAACGCAUUUGGCUCGCUGGUCUCCUCCGACAAGGUACCCGUGGCAUCUGUGCUGGCCGUGGCCAAGGCUGUGGUCGAAUUCUACGAGACUACCUUCCAGUUCGCCAGAGCUCUCACACUUCUUCACACCGUCAGCAAUUUCUUGACCACUCGUCUGGGUGAGUCGCACAAGCACACUAUCGACAACCUGUAUCUAGAGGCAGCCCUGGCGAACCGUCUCGAGAUGAACAACGAGGCCAAGAGCACCUACCAGCGCAUCUACAAAAUUACUACAAGCAACGACAAGGUCGCCCCCGAGGGUAUUGAGGCUGCAAUUGCGCUUCUUGGCCUCUACGAGCAAGAGCUGCAGUGGGAUUCUGCUCUCGACGUCUAUCGGCAUUUGUGGCCCACCAUGGUCAUCGAGGACAGCACGAGUGCCUACGACCGCUUCCAAGUGGAGCGGCUACUGGAGAAGACAUAUUUGGGCUACAUGUCCAUUUUGACCACGCGCACCAAGAGCACCGGCUUCUCAGAGCGGUACAAGGUUGCUUCCGACUACGUGACAACCUGUCGCAAUGUCUACGGACCCACGAACCAGAAGACGUUGAACGCCACGUUGCUCUUUGCCGAGUUGUGCGAGUCCAGCGAUUCGUACACCGACCAGGCCAUCUCGCUGUACAAGCAACCGCUGCAGACGAGCGAGUGGGUGCCCACUUCCCAGUCGUCCAAGGGCCUUGAUCAGAUGACGCAGCCGCUGCCCAUCACGCUCAAGCAUAAGCUGGCACAGCUGUUCGUGCGCAAGCAUGACUCGACGAGUGAAGCGCGCUCCAUGUACACCGAAGAGUUCCAGCUUGCCAAGAAGACACAGGGAUUCUUUUCAAGCACCACGCUGUCGUGGCUCCGCGAGCUUGCUCUGGCUCAUUCGCGUCAGGGCACCCCGACCUCCAUCCAGCAAGGCAAUGCCAUCCUGCACAACUAUGUCGAGGAUGUUCUACAUGCCGGCGGAGACCCGGACCUGACGGCCGACUGGGGUCGCAAGAUUGCUGCUAUCUACCUCGAGUGUGGUUUCAUUGACGGUGGCAACAGCGAGCUCGACGAGCUCCGCCACCGUGUGGUGUAUGGCUCCGACACAUCGGCUAUGGCGCUGGGAGACCGGCGCGACGCAGUAUUCGUGGCAUCCUUCGAAGAGGUGUUCGGUCGCCGUGCCACCUCGGACCAGAUCCUGAACGAGAUGGCGCGCGAGAUGCAGACGCAGCAGACCUUCUCGAAACACCUGUCGGGCCACGACUUCAUCCCGACUAUGGCGGCCGGAGACCGCCUGGCACGUCUGCAGACCGAGCAGAAACGAACGCGCGCCGCCAGAGACACGCACGACAAGCUGUACGACUACUUCUGCGCCAAUCUGUCUGCGACGAAAAUUGCCGACAGGGAGAUUGUGCAGCAGUUCUACCGCCUGUGUCUGUUUGAGGUCCACAGCAACACCUACAACAUGAACAUCCUCACCAAGACCACAGAGCUGGUCCGCGACCUUUGCAACAAGUCCCGCUUCCAGGACGCCAGCGACCUAACGGGCGUCCUGCACUCGUUCCUGCACCUGACCGACGGCUUCAACAACUACGACAGCAUCAUCACAGCCACUAAGCUGUGCCUGUACCUGAGCGGCCACCGCGCGACCAAGUGCACAGACAAGAAGAUGUACAGCGAGAUGUCGGUCAAGUCCAAACUGCUACUGCAAGAGAUCAUGGCCGCAUUCAAGUCCAUCGGCAUCGAGAUCAUCGACCUACCCUUCACAGACCUCAACGACAUAAUCACGCUGCUGGGCGAGUACGAGCUCUUCGACGACCUCGAAUCCAUCCUCACGCAGCUCUGGACCUCGCGCAUCGUCCAGCGCACCUGGACCCCAGAUGUCGUGGUCUGGAUCGGUCGGCGCCUCGUAGAAACGCGGUUCUGCCGUGGGGCCAUGGACCCGGCCAUCCAGCUGUGCCGCGACAUCUGCUACAAUCUGCGCCAGGUAUGGGGCAGCGCCGACAACGUCACGCUGGAAAUGACCAAGUUGCUGUCCGGGCUGUUCACCGCAUCGGGCAACCACCAGUCCGCCGCGACGCUGCACGAAGGCGUACUCUACGAUCUUCUCAAUGAUUCUGAGGCCGCGGACCAGCCUGCUGCCGCCGACACGGCCUCGCAGCAUAUGGAGUUAUUGCGGCGAGCCCAGGCUCGUCUUGGCGAGGGAUCUAACAAGAAGAAGGCUGCAUCGCCUGCUAGGGCCGAGGCCCAUGCUCAGCUGUUCGCCCAGCUUACCGACCGCUUUGGCUUGCAGUCGGAGCAGAUCCAGGGUGUUGGCGACGCUAAUGGUGGGGACCAGUUUGGUGUCUGGUCUCGCCCUAGACGCUUUAGUCUUGAUGUUGAGGAUCUGGAUGACCAGGGUCAGAUGCAUCACAACCACCUGCGUGAGUCGAGUGUUGCUGGAUUGUUGAAUGGCAGUGGUGCGCCGAGAAGGAUCUCGGUACAGGCUCUGUAG